UCACUUUAGAAUCUGAUGGUCAGAAAUCCUACUUCCUGGACCUUUUUAUUUAUUUAUUUUUAUAUCCGGACUAGGUUAUCUGCUGUUUUCAGUACCAUUUGUUGAGGUACUGGGCACUUGACUGCUAUACUUAAGAGCAAUCUAUGUAGCUUUUAAAAUGCAUCUUUCUGUUUUCCUAUCUUAAAAAGCUUUUUCUACAUUCUUACCUUCAAAAGAUCUUUGCCAAUAUUGAUGGGCAGUGCUUAUCUUUUCCCAUGUUGCUCCUCAAAUUCCAUUGUAAAAUACCUAAUUAUUUAAUCUAUCUUGAUCAGUAAAAGAGUACUUCUUAAGAGAGGUUUUGCAGUUUUACCUCUUGCAUCCUCUCUGUGGAAAAAGUUCUUAUUUAGGACCUUUGAUCUUUUGUAGAACUUGUAAAUCAGGAAGACUUCAUGUAACCUGUGGAGAUGAGUACUUGGAUGAAAGACUGAAUACUCAUUUCUAAAUGAGAAGGUGAUGAGGUUAUGAAGAGCACAUAGAUGAGCUCUUCACCUGUUAGCUGUUGUAUCCAAGUGAAGGUCUCUACUCAUCUGUCAUGUAACUGAAGUACAAAUACAUGAGUCAUUUUCUUUUGUCUCCUAGUGGAUCGUAAAAUCAGCAUGUUCCUCCUAUGAGACUGGCCAAUGAAAUACCUGUGUUCCUGCAGUGUAGAGCAUUGUAUUACUUCAUACUGCUGGGCUUUUAGGAUUUAACCACAGUGACUUGUUCUACCUAUCUGUCCUUUAAAUCUAACACUAUACCUUUUGGUUUUAUAAAAGUAUUUGUUGGUGUUUUAUGAGUAAAAGGGAUAUAACAAUUUAGUGGUUUUGUUUUUGUUUUUGAAUGAGGAUUUCUGCCUUAUUCUAGUACCAGUUGAGAGAUGGAUGACGAUGACUUUGGAGGAUUUGAGGCAGCAGAGAGUUACGAGUGUGGAAAUGGUGAAAAGCAGACUACGUCCCCUGCUAUUGCUUGGGCAGCAUUUCCUACAGUAUCUGAAGUUCAUGUAUCUCCUGAUGUUCUUCUGGAUCACUCUGUGCCUUCUUCCUGCCUGGUUCCUUCUGAGUCAUUCACUUUAUCAAGUGAUAACGUGGCAACAGCUAUUCAAACAACGAACAGUGUUAUAAACCCAGCUGUUCUUGAAGAACAGAUUCAAGCAGAUAUUCCAGUUGCCUCUUUGAAUGUAAUUGAAGACAAAGCUUUGGUUGAUGCUGAGACAAAGAGAACAAGUGAACCAAAGAGCUACCUUCAACAAGCUGUUGCAAACCUAGAAACCAAGCCUUGCACUGCUGAAGAAGAAAAAUUAAAAAUUGAAAAGGAAUUAGAAUAUUUACUGGAAAAACAUAGUAUUCUAGAAAUGGAUUUCUUGAAGGGAAAAAAAGAAAAAGUAAUUUCACAUCAAGAUCAUUACAAGACACUCCAGGAAAAGCAUAAGCAGGAGUUAGAAGACAUGAGAAAAGCUGGACAUGAAGCCUUGAGUAUUAUUGUUGAAGAAUUCAAGGCACUACUACAAUCUACAGUUCAACAGCAAGAAGCAGCUAUUGAAAAACAGUAUAUACUAGCAAUUGAAAAACAUUCUCACAAAUGCGAAGAACUUCUUAAUGCUCAGCAUCAGCGACUUCUUGACAUCUUGGAAGAAGAAAAGGAAAUGUUAUCAGAAAAGAUAGAAGAAGCUCUGUUGCAGCAGUCACAAAAACACAAGGCUGAAAAAGAAGUAGUGCAGGAGGCUGUUCUGAAAGCAGUAGAGGAGGAGAGGAGAAAUAUGGAGAAGAUUUAUGCAGAAGAAAGAAAAAUAUGGAAAGCAGAGUGUGACAGACAUAAGAUUGCCCAGGCUGUUUGGGAAGCCAUGCAAGAGCAAAGAAAGCAAAAUCAAGAAAUUGUCAAGGAAGCAUUAAUGGAAGAGCAAAAACGAAGUGAAAGGGCAAUCGAAGAAGCAGUGAAAAGGACAAGAGAGGAACUGAUGGAAUAUAUCAAAGAGCAGAAGAGGCUUGAUCAAGUUGUCCGUCAGAGAAAUCUGUACAGUUUGGAACUUUUCCUCUCCUGUGCACAGAAACAGUUAAACGUUUUAUUAAAGGAAGAGCCAUCCACUGCAGAGGAAAACAGAGAGGCUGACAUCCUCAGUACCACUGAUACAGUGUGAUUUGUGAAGCUACAAAUCCCAAUCCAGAAAACGAUGAAUAUAUUCUAACAUUUGGGAUUGUCUCGUUGAUUGAAGAUUGAUCUGAAACUAUGCUUGAUAGAAAUAUUUGUUGAUUAUGUUCUUCGGUUUAUUUAUUUGUUUUACAAUUUUUAUCAGAUUACGAAUAUGGGAGGGAAAAAAUCCGUGGAGAAAAUUGGUUUUAUUUAUGAUUUUUCUUUCAUUAUAUUUUCUAGUAGCCUGUGAUUGAAGUUCUAGAUAACUGCCGCAGUAAUGAAAACGUUUCCCUGUUAUGUCUGUUUUAAAUCUGGCAUCAUGCAUUGAUGUAAUUUAUCAGUAUUUUUGAUAUUUAAAAAAAAAACUGAGAAAAACAUUUAAUUAUACAGAUACAAAUCCAUUUCUAUUUCCAAAGUAUGUGCCCAAGUGUAUUGCCUCAGGUGAGCGUGAGGAGCUUAUUAUUUCUUACUGCUUUUGAUGAAAAACAGAAGAAUCAGACCUGAAACAUAAGAGUGUUGACAGGCAUUUCUUUAGUCAUUUAUAAGCAACCCCAGCUCUACUAAUAGAAAAGUUUAAAAACUAAAUAAUGCAUCUUUUUAGAGUAGUGCAAAACAUUUCCAUAACCGAUGUAUAGUAUGUAUUUUACUUCUGUUUUACAAAGCUAGUUUGAUUCCAAAAAUUGUUUUCUCAUGAAAGUACGAUUAAUGUGACUGACCUCAGUUUCAGGAAGACGUAUGUAAUUAUGUGGAGACUGAUACUGCACUGCCUCAGUGGAAUUUCUGACAGAAUAAGGAGUGCAGCUUGCUGACCUCAGAUGCCCUUUCUAAACCCAUUGAUGGAAGUAGGAAAACUCCCCACUGACAUUAUUGGACUUCGGAUCAAAUCGUAGGUCUUCCUAGUCUUGCUAAUGGCAGCAUGGCAGGGGAAUUUCUGUGCCUACACUCUGUUGAUUGUAGAUUUGGGGCCUUAGUUAUAACAGAGUUCUGAAUGAAAUAAGGGAAAAUAAAUGUUCAUGCUUAGGAAUGUAAAUAAACUGAGAAUGAUAUCUCUGAUGGUGAGCUUGUGAUUCAGUGGGGGACUUACGGACAUUUUUUAGUGUGGUUCUUGUUAUUCAAUGGUGGGGGGGUUUUGUUUGGGUUUUUGCAUCAACAGUCACUUUUCAUUAAUUGCUUUUUUUAUAACAAUAAGCAAACACCAAAUGGUUGCAUAUGUAUUUGGCAGUAUGAAAUAAGUAUUGCAGAGAGUUUAGGGGUUUUCAAAAUCUUUUUUCAUGCUUCAUUUUUAUAUCAAAACCAAAGGUUUUGUCUUCUAUAUGCAAAGGUUCACUGAAGAAGUAAAUAAUGCUGGUUCUACUAGAUGAUGACCUCACCCUACAAAUGGAUGAAAAUCCAGUCUUCUUUUUGAUAUUUCUUGUUUGACUGAUCAGUUUCCAUUUCUUCUGGCAGACCAAAAAAUACUUCAGUGUUAAUGAGUCACCUACUUAUUUAUAGUUCCUAAGCCAGUGAAAUUCUUGGUUUUGUCAACUGCACCAAAGAUGACACAGAUGUCCACGUGGGAUAUUUUUUGAAAGUAGAGUCAGUGUAAGAAGAAUUGAUUGUCUAGUACUGUCUCACAAUCUAUGUUUAAUUAUGGAAAUGUGGUAUGAGCAAAUCCCUAGAUGAACUUGAAUAUUCAUGUUUUUAUCAGCAUUCUCCUACUUAAGAGUUUUGCAUUCUGACUUGCAACAAUAUGUAAAAGCACUUGUUGGAGGAAUUAUGGUUGGAGUCAGUAAGAUUUCACUGGCAGCUAUGGUGUAUCUUUCCCAUUAGAACAUCAUGUGUUGUUUAAUCUCAGCUCUUGAAUAUUGUGAUGGUCACAGAGAACUGUAGGUAUUUUUUUCUUACCUUUGAAAGAUUUAGUCCUUCAAUCUUUCUCUCUACCCUGUAAGCAAAACAGCAGAAUUAGACCACAGACAUACAAGAUCAGAUUGGGAACUUGGAUUACAUUCAAAACUCCAACGCUCAGAGAAGAAAUUUAGUUAUCCAGCAAAAAAAGACCUAUCCAGUGUGCAAUCUUUGGAGUAUGCAAUAACCACCUCUUCUCCAUAUCACAUCCAAAGUUUUAAAGCUUAAUUUUAUUUUUCGUUAUUUCUGCCUAACUGUAGGAGAAUACAGUUUGUAGAAAUUUGGGAGGAGAGAAGGCAGGGAGAUGUUUGCAAAACCCAGUCUGGCUCCUAGAAGGUGACACCACAAUUAUUUUUUUUUUAUUAUUUCUACAUAUAGACUGAAGAAUGACAUGUAAGAGCAAACAAUAUGUUCAAGGCCUAUAGGAUGGAACUUUGCCUCUGAGGCAUGGCUGCUUGUGUAACAAUUUUGGCAAGACUGAUAUGUAAUGGGAGGAACAAGAAGCCCUAGAACUAAUCCUUGGAAUUGAAAUUCAAGACUAAAACAUUCAAGUUAGUGAGUCUGCAGUCUAGAACAUCGCCAGAUAUAUAACCAUAAUAUACAUUACACAUAUAUAUAUAUAUGUUUAUAUACUUCAUAUUAGAAAGAAACCAUAGCUCUUGUUAUGUAGAGAAGUGUUUUAAACAAUCGUGUGUGUUAAAAGUGACCUAAAAGACAGGGUAACGGUAGGUCCAGUGUAUAUAGCGGUGUCUCUCUCUGGUGUCAGUCAGGCCUGUUCUAUUUUAACACUUCUACUUGAUGGUCUAGAACAGAGAAGAUCAGAACAGUGGGAUUUGUAACUAAUAGUUUACUAAGUUAAUACUGAAUACUGUGAUAUCAUACAGUCCUACACAUUUCUGUAUGUUUCUGUUGGUUCCCUAUCUGCUUCCAUUACAGAAUUCUAGAUGAGCUCUGAGACUAUGUGUGUACAAGACGUUAACAAAGAAGAAAUUAUUUGCCACACAAUUUUUAUAUGCUGUCUAUGGUUAAGAUGUGGGAAUAUUUGAAUUUUUGCCGUUCUCUAAGAAUCUCAUUGACAAAGUGACACUUGAAUUCCUUGAAGCAUUGAAUUCCUUCACUCCAUCAUAAGAAGGCAGAACAAAGAAAAAGCGGUAGUCAUUCCAGAGUCUGAGAUCUCAUUAGUAUUUUGAGAUUUUUGUACAUCUUUACUUUGGCGUCUGAUCAAAAGUUGCCUCAUGUCCUGCCAGCUCAGUAAACGGCAAUGUUAAUUCCUGACUGUCUGAAAUUAUCCAUGUAGACAUGACCUUAAAGAGCCUAGUUCCUGUUCAUACUGCAAUUCCCUUUUAGCACUUCAGCCUCUGCUCUUCCAUGGUGUAUUUUUUAUGUCCACAUAUUGAGCUUACAGAUUUUUCCCCACCCCUUGGAUGGAGGGAACCUGUGAUAAGAUGUCAUCUCAUUUCCUAGCAGGAAAUAGCGACUGAUAAAAAUUUUUCAUCAAGUGGAUAGAUAUAAUUUAUGCUGACUUUCAGAUCAUGUAUAGCAUCAGUGCAGUUAUCAAACCAACUUAGUCCAAAUGUAAAAUGAGCUAGCAAAUGUAAAGUGAGUUAUACCCAAUCUAGCUUACAGCUAGUUAGCUUUCUUGAUGCCAGAUGGGUAGGUGUUAAAGCAUACAGCACAGCAUGGUCUAACUAGCCAUGUACAUCCUCCUGCUUCCCCAGCUGCAUUGCAGCCUACACUGAGCUAACUGAAAUAUAUCGUUUGCCUCAACUAGUUUACGUACUGUAAACUCUGUUGCAGGAGUGACUGACCUGUAAAAAUUUUUACCUGGCUAUUCUGAAUACUGUCUAGAAAGGUUUUAUAACAUACGUGACAUUCCUUUUUCAGCAAUAGAUUAAUUUUUAAGCCUACAUAAAACUAAUAAUACUGCAGUUGAAUUAGGGUCACAUUUGAACAUUUGAACUUCAUGGGGAAAUCAUCUGAGCUGCACUCUCUUUGGCUCAGGUUUUAUAUUUGCCUUUGAAAGCGUAUGCUUCGUUAGCUGAAGGAAAGCACUGCGGUGUGUAGACUUCUCAUUGUAGACAUUACCUAAGCAAUUCACUUGCCAUGGUGGUGCAGUAGCUAAAAAUGCCCUCAUCAAGCUCCCUCAUACGUGGAGCAAAAGGUCAGUCUUGCUUUUUGCCAUUUGCCACAUGCCAUGUGGUAGGUGAUGGUGUUUACAUUUCUGUGGGAAGCAUUGCUAGCAUUAGCAACGUCCUGAAAGUGGUGAGAGCCAGCUGUAGGUGCUGGUAACAGCACAGUAUUUAGCAACACAAAAUAAAGAUGAUUAAUUUUUUUUUGUUGAUCUUGUUUAUCAUAUAGCAUGUAUUUUAAACUUAUAGCACCUUUCAGUGAUACAACAUUCCUGUGAUAAUAAUACGAAUCCUUAUUAUCCUGUGAUAAUAAAAAUAAUAAUAAUUUCCUGUG